AUGGUUCAAGUACGUGUUAGUGAAGGCGUAAUAGAAGGGGAGGUAGUUAAUAACGAAUAUGGGGGAAACAUAUACAGUUUCAAAGGCAUUCCGUAUGCCCAGCCACCUCUAGGAGAUCUGAGGUUCAAGGCUCCUUUGCCGCCAAAACCAUGGAAAGGAGUUAGAGAUGCUAAGAAGUUGGGAAAUGAAUCUUAUCAAUACGAUAUUUUCAUUAAAAAGCUUAUAGUAGGAAAUGAAGACUGCCUGUACAUCAAUGUGUUCUCACCGAACAUAACACCCUCCAAGCCGCUGCCAGUCAUGGUUUGGAUUCAUGGUGGAGGUUUCAGCAUUGGAAGCGGUACCGAUGAGAUGUACGGACCACAUUUUUUAAUAAGACAUGAUGUUAUACUUGUAACAUUUAACUAUAGACUCGGGAUCCUCGGCUUCCUUUGCCUGGACACAGAAGACGUACCCGGCAAUGCGGGCAUGAAAGACCAAGUUGCUGCAUUAAGAUGGGUUCAAAAAAAUAUCAUUAAUUUUGGUGGUGAUCCUAAUAACGUUACAAUUUUCGGAGAAAGUGCAGGAGGCGCUAGUGUUUUGUACCACCUUUUAUCACCUAUGAGUAAAGGAUUAUUUAAGAGGGCCAUACCACAAAGUGGACUCGCUAUCGCUCAUUGGGCAACAAGUUUCAUGAUCAAGGAAAGAUCAUUGCAAUUAGCUAGGGAAUUAGGAUGCAAUUCAAAAGACGAAAAGGAAGUUUACGAAUUUUUAAAGGCACAACCUUUUGAAGUUUUUGUUUUAAAACAUAUUACAGUGACAUAUUCUGAAACAAAUAAGGAAGCUUUUUUGGUACCUUUUAAUGUCACUGCAGAAAAACAAUUUGGAAAUAACGAACGAUUUAUGAUCGACGAGCCUAUCGAAGUAUUACGGGAUUAUGGUAUACAUGAGGAAGUAGACGUCAUGGAAGGCUACAAUGAAGAUGAGGGAAUUUUAUUUUUAGGGGCUAGUCAAAGUAUCCCUAAAAUGCUCUUACAAGCCAACAAAUAUCUAGAAUUUUUCGUACCGCCGAUAAUCGCUAUACAUUGUCCAUUAAUUGAUCAACUGAAAGUAGGUAAAAUGAUGAAACAUUACUAUUUUAAUGAUGAGGUCAUUUCUAUGGACAACGUGUACACUUUGCAAAAGUAUCUCGGCAUAGAAUGCUUCAAAUAUCCCACGAUUUUGUUUCAAAAAAUUUGUGCUAAAAGAGGCAGAAACAAGGUUUUCCUAUAUACGUUUACCUGCAAGUCUAAAUUGAAUAUUUCAAAACAUUUAAUGGGAGUGGCAAACAUCAUGGGAGAUAGGGAAGUAGUAUGUCAUGGUGAUGAUCUUCCUUAUAUGUUCUCUAUGAAAACAUUCACUGAAAAUCACACAAAAAUUGAAGUCAGUUCACAAGAGUUCAAAUUCAUAGGCCAAGUAACAAAACUUUGGACAAACUUUGCUAAAUACGGUAACCCAACACCCGAUGGUAGUCUCGGCGUUAUUUGGAAACCAUACUCUUUAGAAGGACAGGACUUUUUGGACAUCGGUAAUAAUUUAGUGGCCGGUACUGCACCAGACAAGGAUGAACUGGAAUUCUGGGAACAUAUUUUCAAGCAAUACUGUCCAAAGUAUGCCUUCUGA